ACGUUUGAGCGCCAUGUUAUUUUGUUGCGCGUGCGUUCUUUAUAAAUGCAGAAAUAUCUUGCGAUCAUCCCAAUCCUAUAGUUUGUAAGGUCAUACUCACGUCUUGCCCGUUGUUGUGGUGAGCAGUUUAUCGAUUUUCCAACUCUAAAAUGUCCGGUGUGAAGAAAUGGACUUUGCUGGCAAUGCUUCUUUGUUUAGCAGUUGGCAGCGAGAGUAGGAGAAAACUGAAAAGAGACCAGUAUGAAAGCUUGAAGUCUGUAGAAGAAGUAGAAGAGGCAAAUGAAGAUGACGCUGGGGAUUACGAUGAGUUAGAGCCCUGCCAAUGCGGAGUAUUCAUGUCCCAGCAAGUGGGAGUGAAGCAGGGGCUCCGACGGGCGCGACCUAGGGGCCCCCCGGAAGGAGAGCCCGUGGUGACCUACGACACUGACUCCCCUAGCUUGCCUUGUGGGACUGGGGGCUUCAAACACUGUGUUAGCAAGUGUCUUGAUGUGAUCCUGAAAUACCUGCCCCGCGCUGGCCCAGUCAUCUGCGGCGCGGUGGAGCGCGACAUCCAUAGAGAGAAGGCGUUCCUCUUCAUCAAAAACUGCGGUGGCGAGUGGCAGCCCACCAGCUUCUCCGCAGGCAAGGAGUUCUGUUGCACUGACGGACAGCAUCACAAGUGCUGAUUAUAUAUUACCAUACGUAGCUGUAGCUAGUGCAUUCUUUUUUAUUAAGAACGAGCGUGAGGCAGCACACAAAUCGGACAGCAUCACAAAUGCUGAUGCAAUAUUAUCAUCUAUAUAUAGCCCAUUCUUCUUCGUCAAGAUCUGCGAUGAUGAGUGUAAGCCCAUGACUGUGGCAAGGAGUUUUACUGCACAAGUGCUGAUAGCAGUAUAAGACUCAAUAAGGUACAUAUAUGUACCUUAUUGAAACUGCUACAAAAAGCUGUGAUGAUGAUGUAUCAGCACUUGUGCAGUAAAAUCAGCAGAUGUAAUGACAUCUGCUGAUUCGAAACUUGAUACUUUCUCUAGCACUGUUAGAUUGUGUCUUGAUUUAGAAUGAAUCUCCAUCAUUUGUGAGAUCAUAGGACUUGAAAAUAGUAUGUACGAGGAGAUGGUUCUCAGAGCGUUUCGACCGCUGCGGCUGCGCUGUCAUUACGAUCCAAAUUCAAUCAAAUUCAUAAAAUUGAAAUUACCACAAUAAACUAAUUCUUGUCUUGUUAAAAUUUGAAAAAUUGUAAUGACAACGUAGCCGCAGCGGUCGAAACAUUCUUAGAACCAACCAUAAACAUGCACGAAGCUUACCUAUUGUAAAAUAAUUUAUUAUUGGUAUAAUUUAUUGUAAUUAUUGCUAUUAAGUAGGUAGCCAUUUUAAUUAUUUUAUACGUUACUAAAUUUCUAUCUCGUAUUAGUUUGAAAAAAAUAUUUUUUUCAUACUUAUUUUCCUUGGACGUGUUUGAGUCCUAUGAACAUUAAAAUAUUAACGACUUCAAACUAAUUCAACUAGCAACUUGGCGAGUUGCAAUUAGUAUUUAAGUAGCUUGUUCAUAACACGCAGGGUUAGUUAAUUAGUGGCUUGUUUAUAUUAUGAUACAUUUACACUAGUAGAUGACAUGAAUGAAAUGGAUUUUAUCGCGAAAAUUAGAAAUUGUCACUAUAUUAGAUUUACCGCCAUUUUCAUGUUCAUACGUAUCGUAUUUCUUGAAAUCUCUUAGUAAGUAGGUACCUAUAUCCUAGGAAACACUCACUUGAGUUUCGCCUCCGUCCGGAUGUCAUUCUUCCUAUAAUUUUUUGACGUCAAAUACAUAUCAGUGGUAUUCUUACCUAUCAUCCUUAGUUCAACAACAAAUUUGGGAUUUGAAAAAAUAUUGGUUAAUUUUAAUUGAGUGAUCCCGUAUAGUCUAUUUCUCGCUCUUAGGUAGGUAUAUGUGUUUAUCAAUACAAUAGCCAAAACCGCCCGCUUCGGUUCGGAAGCGACCUGUUAAUUAAAACCACGUACAUAUCAAACCAAAUCCUAAACCUAGCUCGGACUUGGGGGCCGCCACAGAACUUUACCUUUAUCGAUUGGCUUCUAUGGGGGCCGCCUCGUACGAGUGUUGCUUGGACAAUUUACACAGAGUUUAUUUAUUUAUUCAAGGAGGUCUUAUAGUCAAAUUACAUAGAUAUAUUUGAAACUAACUUGAUAACUUCGCCGAUAAAAUAACAAUAAUGGAAUGGAAAAAUUUUAACUGUGUUGCUAUAAUUCAGAAGAUUAUAUAGACAAGUGCUGACUAAAGGAAAAAAUCUGUGAUGGUGUCUGUGAAACAAAAUUUAAUGUAACAUUAGGUAUAUUUAUGUAAAAUGUAAUUAAUUUAUUUGAUUCUUUUGUUUAGUUAUAGGUACAUUAAGGACGUAAAACAUUACUGUCGGUGCGACGACGUCUGUGAGUCUAAAUCAAAUGUAACAGCUAUAUUUUUGUAAAAUUUAAUUAUCUGAUUCUUUAGUUUAAUUAUAAAUGAAGGACGUAAAACAUUACUUACGGUGCGUAAUAAUAACAAUCAUAGGCUAUUGUAUUAUAAAAAGGCAUAGCAUACCUAUAUCCAUUACCUAGGUUUUCGGAAAUAUUAAAUUUAUAUAAAAGAAA